AUGCAAUGGAGCCUUUUGUGUUGUCUUUUCUGCGCAGAGCACUGUGCUAAUGGCGUUCUGGCCCAGGACCUGAGUUGCAAGUGCAACCGCACUGUCUUCUAUGGAGAAUACUGUGAAAAGGACGACUGCAAGUGCUUGAACCAGGGUCAGUGUGACAACGAGGGUAAAUGCAUCUGCCCGACAAGAUUCUACGGAGAACAUUGCCAACUCGAGUGCAGAACAUGUCUGAACCAGGGUCGCUGUAAUGAAGACGGCACCUGCACCUGCGCUGAAGGAUGGAUUGGUGACCGGUGCCAGACUCGGUGUGCGGACACGGACCCAUGCUGCGUGAACAAGCGCAUCGUGACACGCCGGGAUCAGGUCUGCCGCGCCGCCACCAGCGACUGUGACGUGGCGGAGUACUGCGACGGCGAGAAUGCCACAUGUCCACAGGACCUGACCGCACGCAACGGCUGGCCUUGCUCCAAUAGUCAAGCAUCCUGCUGGAGUGGAGUUUGCCAAUCACGAACUGGCCAGUGUCAGAGUGUCUGGAACGAUAUGGAUCAAGGGUCAGCUCCUGAGGAUUGCUUCGCGAUCAUGAACGUUUUUGGAGAACGUACGGGUAACUGUGGUUUCAAAUCGUCCAAUUCCACCCCAGGAACCUAUGCAGCCUGUGCGGCUGGAGAUGCCCUAUGUGGUAGUUUGUUCUGCCUUCCAGUUGCUCGAAAGAACCAACCCAGUAGUGGCGUUCUGUCCCAAACUAUUCCCGUACGCGGUGUUGGCGGUGUACUCAGGUGCAAUGGUUUGUACGCGUCCCCGCCAAGAAACCACGAUGACCCAUCGCUCGUGAAGGACGGAACACGCUGUGAUGCCAGCGGCGCUAACAAGGACCUUGUGUGCCACAAGCAACGCUGCGUGGACCAGUCUCGAGUCACCAGUCAGUGUUCGGUCGAUGCUGACAGCGGCAAAGAGUGUGGUGGAGUCGGUGUCUGUACAAAUGUAACAACCUGCCUUUACCAACCCACACCUGAGAGCAACGAGUCCGCUAACACUACCCAGGCUGCUACACCCACGACCAGUUACUCAAUAACCAAACCAACGAGCGACCCAGCCACAACUACUCCAACCGAAGUCGUCUAAUAGAGUGAUGGUGAUGAACAGUGCAGUGCAUGAAGUGUCAGUAAUUGUAACUAGUCACGCAUAAACCGGGGGAAUACUACCGACAGGACUAACCUGGUGCCCUUCCACUUACCCACCCAUCUUCCAUAGCAUCCACAAUUCGGUCCAGGAAACUCGACAGGCACAUGCAAUCGGUGUUACUCCAACGGAACGUUUCCAGGACGUGAAGAGCCUGGCUAACCAAGUGUGUUUCCAGUCCUGAUAAUUUCCUCCCAUUGUAAAUUUCAAAUCUGCAAUUUCAGAUCAGUGAAAAUCUGAGGCAGACUGAUAUCCCAUAACCCACAACGGCUGAGUAAUUAUGUCGUAUUUUAAUUAGUAAUUAUGCAUCUAUUAUUUGCAAGAUGAUGAGGGCAAUAAUAGAUUGAUCCCGACAUAGCAUACCUUAACUGGUUUAGCUUUGUUGUUGUGUAUUGUACUAGCACAUAGUAUAUACAUAAGUCGUCUACAUUACUUAUUUAUAAACAGAUGUUCUCAGUUGUUACUUAGUCUUUUAAUGUGUUCCCCAAGUUCUUUGACUGAGAAUCUGGCAGUUUGGGCUCAAGUCAUUUGGCUCCAGUUUUUUUUCUUUUUUCAUUUCUAACUCUUGUUUCUAA